ACUUCCGGUUUAAUUCUUCAUCGUAACAUCCGGUAGCCUUUAUAUGACUGCUUGUUUGUAAAAAUUAUCGUAUAACUUCCCAUGUUACUGUUCUAAAAUGGAUAUACUUAAAGCUGAGAUCGCAAGAAAGAGGAAACUUGUCGAGGAAAAGCAGCUCGUUGAUGACACUAAAAAAUUCUUUAAAAGGGGCGACCUUGCACGAAAGGAGCAAGAAGACUACUACAGAAGAUGUGGCUAUAAGGUUCAGAGAGACACCCCUGAGAGACAGAUUGACCAAACAGACGAAGAUGAAGCAUCCACCUCAGCUAAUCCUGUGUUGGAACUGGAACUAACGGAAGAGAAGCUGCCAAUGACACUGUCACGUCAGGAGGUUAUAAGACGACUUCGAGAACGAGGAGAACCAAUCCGAUUAUUUGGAGAGUCUGAUUAUGAUGCCUUCCAAAGACUCAGGAAAAUUGAAAUUCUGACCCCAGAAGUAAACAAGGGCUUGAGAAAUGACCUGAAAGCAGCUAUGGACAAGAUUGACCAACAGUACCUGAACGAGAUUGUUGGAGGAACAGAGCCGGGGGAGAUGGACACACAGCACGAUCUGAAAGUACAUGAAGAAAACACCACUAUAGAAGAGCUUGAGGCUCUUGGAAUAACCCUAGGAACAGGGGAUGACAAUGGUGACCAGGACGUUAUUGACAAAUUCUUAAGGUUUCUUCUUGGCGUUUGGGCCAAAGAUCUGAACAGCCGAGAAGACCACGUGAAGCGCAGCGUUCAGGGCAAGUUGGCAAGUGCAACACACUCACAGACUGAGUCUUAUCUCAAGCCUCUCUUUAGGAAGCUCAGGAAGAAGAGUUUACCUGCUGACAUCAAAGAUUCGAUUACAGACAUCAUUAAGUUUAUGUUGGAACGGGAAUAUGUUAAGGCAAAUGAUGCCUAUUUACAGAUGGCCAUUGGUAAUGCUCCCUGGCCUAUUGGUGUGACCAUGGUGGGUAUCCAUGCCCGUACUGGACGAGAAAAGAUCUUCUCAAAACAUGUGGCCCACGUCCUCAAUGACGAGACGCAGAGAAAGUACAUUCAGGGUUUGAAGAGGCUAAUGACUAUCUGCCAGAAACACUUCUCAACUGUACCAUCAAAGUGUGUGGAGUACAAUGCCCUUUAACUCAUGAAUUCAGCUGACGUUAGAAAAAGGCUUUUGGGUUCAUUGUACUAUAAUGUAUUUUUGAUCCUUUCUUCUUUUUUAUUUACCACUGUUCAGCUAUUUUUGUUAAGACAGAAUAGUGGUUGUGACAGAAAAUUCUCAAGACUUCAUCCUCGUUAGAAUUUCUGAAGGGGUUCAUUUUUGCAGAAGUACAGAAUAAAGACAAAAGGAAAACUUGAGGUUGGUAAAGCUUAGUUGUGUACAAAUAAUAGGCUCAUCCUGUUCACAGGUUUUUAGGCUUUCUGAGAACAUAAAAGUAUAUGACUGCUCCAAUGAAUAUUAGGAAGUGAUAAUCUUUUAAUAUUGUCCAACUUGAGUUUUCAUGUUAAGGUCAGUUUAACAUCCCAGAUUCAUGUCUUUGUGUAUUUUCAGCUCAUAUGAAAACCAGUCAGUAUGUUACUGUACCGUCUUAGUGAGAGAACAGAGUAGAGUUUAACCAUCUGUUAGGAUUGUACAUUUCUACAAAGUUAAAAAAAGAUACAAUUUUUUAUCUUUUCUUUCUUUUUAAUUACCAAGAUUUUCACUUGUCAUCUGCAGCUGGACUGCUGAAUGAGGCUAUUUUUAGCCACCAUAAUUUGCUUUGUCAUAACAAAAAUGUGUCUGCAGAGACAAUAAAGGACUCUCACCGCAA